CGUCACGAUCAUUUACUGUUAUGAAUGGGAAUAGUAAUGAUAGCGACCCCUUUGUCAACUAUUUUAUGAUUAAUAUGGACUAUGAAAGAAUGCGAAAUCCGAAAAUACAAGACCUCUUAACCGCUGCUGGACACUCUGAAAAUGAAGUAAUGACCACCGAUGGCAGAACCAUAUUGGAUCUAUCCAACAAGAUAUGGGAUGAGGCCAAGAAGGAAGACAGGGAAGGAUGGGAAAAUCUUUCGGAUAGAUUCACAUCCGAAGCUGCCGACAAUGAUAAUUCAGGCAGUGAAAAUUCGACGUAG